AUGCCCCACGGAUUCGUCGCAAUGGCUCAACUUGGCCCCCAGGGAAGCGAGCUCCAGCUCCUACCACCACAGCCUGAUGAAAACGAGAUGCCACCGUCCGAGACAGAUGGAGUACAGUCGCUCUCGCAUGCAAGUGAACGCCAACCUGAUCCGGACCGCCCAAGCUCCUCCGCAGCCUCGGGUGCCCAAGAUUAUGUCGAAGGAUGGCCGGUUGGUCCUCGCCGGCUGAAAAGCAACGCGCAGUCUGAUAUCUUCUCUACGAUGCUUGAAGUUAUAACUGCCUUUUGUCCCAUUGCCUUUCUUGCACUCGCUAUUAUCGUGAUACGUUUGGACGGGGAUGAAGUAUCCGACGCUACUAAGGGAUAUGCGCGUUCAAAUUGCGGAUGUGGAGUAUGA